AUGGCCUUAACAAUCACCGAUCUUAGCGAAGAUAUAUUGACAUCUGGUAUAGCACGUUAUUUGACCCCAGAACAAAUUGUCAAGUUCUUCACACUCAACAAGGCUUUAUAUGAGAUUUUUUGUUUGUCCAACACAAUCUAUCAAUUGUUAUACAACAAAAAGUUUACUAAUAAUGAAAACAACUAUACUCUAAGUCUCCGUGACAAGAUUAAUUGGAAACAGUUGUUUAAUCUUCGAUGCAACCCAAAGCAACAAGUGUUCACUUGGGGAGAAAGCAAUGGUGGACGUUUAGGGUACUUAUCAACUAAGAUUGACCAAUCACAUGUACUGAAGAAACUAGGUGGCUGGUCCGUGCACACUCCAACAAACGUUCCGGAGUUCAAUAACCACGUUGUUGUCGAUUUGCAAGCCAAUGGGUACAGCUUUAUUAUAUUGUUGAAUAAUGGUGACAUUUGGUUUACCGGAAUGGACUGGAAGCGGCCGCAACAAGGAUUGUCGACUCCUGGGCCUACGAAAGAGAGAGACUAUAAGCCUAAUCCCGCAACUUUGGCGUUGCUCAGUAUGGGUAGAAACCACGUAGAUGGUGAAAUUUUGGGAGGCAGGAGAAACCUUCGAAGAAACCACCCAACAAAUCAUCUUGGUGAUGAAGGUGGUGCCCUUAUACCUCCUUAUCAAUCACCAUUACCGCCACAUGGAACAAGGUUUGGAGUGUUGCCUAUGCCAGGUAUAGCAAUGAGAUACUCGGAUAGUGAGAGCGAUGAGGAGACAGAUACUAUCACCGGCCCAAUUACUGCUGCUCCAAUACCACCAUUACCCACAACAAAUACAUCAAACGUAUCCGAAGCUCCUCCACUUCUGAGUUCUAGCAGCACUCCACAAGCUAGAAGAGGGCUUCAAUCUUCACAAAGGAAUGAUCUACCAAAAAUUGCAUCUCAUUCAUCGUCGAAAAUACAAGAGACAAACUUUCUUUCGCGUCUUUUUUUACCUCCCGCAACUGAGCGCCGUAGUCUUGGUACGAUUAAUUUUUGUGAUGAAAGAAAAGUUACAUCUAUAAGUACUGGACGAGAACACAUUGUUGCAUUGGAUAAUCAUAAUAACAUUUACACUUGGGACACUGGUUGCAAUACUAAUGUUGGAAUAAAUAUUGUGUUUAGAGGUAUUUCCAAAAAUGCAAUAAUUAGUAAGAUUGCCGCUGGAUGGAACUUGUCGGCGUGUUUUAUUCAGGAUAUUGGUUUGCUUGUCUGGUAUACUAGGAAACCCAUUAGUAAAAUGCAAUUUGAGAAUCAAAAUUUCCAAAGUGAAGCAAACUACUUGGUUGUUCCUUUUACAAAAAACGAUAUCAAGGAUUUCACAGUUGGAGCUGAUUACGUGCUUUAUGUCAAAAAAUCAGAUUCCAAACUUUAUCAGUUUAGAUUCAAUGCCCACGAACUAGCAUCCAGAGAUGAUUCAAAUACAGUGGGGCAAGAAGAGUUGACAAGAAAUAUUUAUGCAAUGGACAAUUUCAAUAACUGGCUAGUGGAACAAAUGGAAAAUGUCCAGUUCACUAAGCUAAAAAGUUGUUUCAACAACUUUGUCGUUUUCACAAACCACGACCAUGUUUUGAUUGGAAACAAUGAGCACUUGUUAUAUUCCACCACUCGACAUAAUGAUGUAGAGAAUGAAAGUGAUUGGGAACCGCACCCUGAAAACGGGACUUUACCGAUUGUUAUUAAUGAGUUACAGGGCCAGGAUAUAAAGUCGAUAGAGAUUGGAGACUAUCACUACCUCGCAUUGACUAAUAAUGGUGAUGUGCUCAGUUGGGGUACGGAGUCUAGAAGUUGUGGAUGUUUAGGAAUCGGAUCGAGAGAGUCGGCGGUUGAGCUAAAUCCUACAGUCUGCUUUGCAAGCGGCGCUAAUAUGGAUGUGAAAAUACCAAUGAGAGUUAGGGAUCCACUCAGGGGUCCUUUACAUGAGGGUAGAGAUGUCAGCAAUAAGAAUACUAAAAAUGCUGAAAAUGCUGGGAAAAAAUGUACGUCAAAAGGAAAAUGGGUUUGCAUCGCUGCUAGUGGCUGGCACUCUGGUGGUGUAUAUGUUCCCGCGGAAUGA